GCCGGAAGCCGGAAGCUUUGAAAUCGAAAGUAGAUCUAAAGUGUUGUUCUUGUUCUGAAGCAACAUUCAACAGUCAAAACGACUGACAGUAAAAGGACAACAGACUCAACAGUUCAAUUUCUUCGAUGAUACCACCGAAUGUUUGGUACCACAACUGAUGUUACGACUGGCUGUAGGCGAUUGUCAAGAUUUCCGCGUUUAAUUCCGAUGUGCGUUUUUCAUAGCCUCAGAAUAUGGCGGAACAGAAAAGUAGCAUGGUGUCUGCAUCUAUGGUGGAGUUGAAGGCUGAACUUUACCGUAAGCAAGAAGAGUUUCGCAACCAGAAGGCUGUCAGCUCUGGUUAUGUCCGUGCCAAGACAGCAGAUAAAGGGGAGAAAAAGAGUUUAUGGAGUAAGAAGAAUAACGGUGUGAGUGAAAGAGCUGCAAAAGAUGAAGUUAAGCAGUCAGCAGAGGAGGAAGAUGCCUUGCUUAAGUCUAGGAGAAUUCUUGAACAGAAAGCCAAGUUGUACCAGCGGAUUACAACCAGUUCGGACAUUCCGGAGGAAGAUGGCAGUGACUACUACCUGGUAGACUUUCAAAAGAAAGCCAUUGAUGCUUUGGUUGAUGACCGGGAGAGAAGGAGACAGCGGGAGGAAGAGAAGGAAGAAGAGGCUGAGAGGAGAGCUCUGGAUGAGGCUGUACCGCCCCCAUCAACUCCAGAUGAGGAAUGGGUUGACUUCACAGAUUCCCUAGGACGCUCCAGACGAUGUAUGAGAAAAGACCUGGAUGCGUUGAAACGUCGCGAUGAAGAAUUGGCCAGAGGCCAGGCAGGAAAGUCAACACUGACCAGUGCCCCUGACUCGUCAGCAAUAGCAGAGGGUGCCACCCUCAUGUCAGAGGACAUGCACAAAGAGAAAAUGCGACUCAAGUGGGAGGAAGAAACGGAGACCUUGAUGGGACAAGAACAUGGGCAGACUCACUACUCUAAUGUCCGCUUUGAUGAAAUCAGAAACCACGGUGUUGGAUUUUACCAGUUCUCUAAGGACCAUGAGAUUCGAGAGGAACAGCUGGAGAAUCUGAAGAAAAUGAGAGAAGAGACAAUGGGAGAGCGCUCCCGUCAAGAGAAAGUCAAGGACAAGCGGAAGGCCAUGAUGGAGGCGAGGCUGGCCAAAGUGAGACAGAGGCGCAAACUUAAGCCAGGGACUUCAGGAGAAGAAACCAAAAAUGAGGAGACUGUUGAUGGGCCAUCAGAGCAACCAGGUUCUCAUCCUGUGAGUGAAGGGGAGUCUAACGAAGCCAAAAAUACAGAAAAGAUGGCAGUUAAUGAAGCAGAAGCAGCAGAAAAAAGAAAGAUGCACGUGCGAGACUGGGACAAAGGAAAGCAAAAUGAUCCGUCAAAUUGGGGUCACAAAAAUUAUGUGGAAGGGCGCAGAGAUGAACGAGAGGCUGAGUUUGCUCCCCCUUCAGCAUAUUUUGCAGAUUCUGGUCGCCAGAAAUCGGCACAGGGACGCAGCCAGUCAAAUCCCAUUGAUCAGAUGAGAGCAAGACGCCUGCAGAAAUCAAUGACUGGUGUGAAUUCAAAUUUUGCCCCUCCAGCUUCCUAUGGUCGAGAUACCGCACCUCCCAGCAAGUCAAGAGGGGGACUACUUUCUUCUGCGAAUGCAACUAUUGGUAGUGUUCAACCUCCGGUGAAAGAAAUACCCGUCACUGAUAAUUUGGACUCUAUCCCACUACCGCCGUCUCAAAAGAAAACUUGUAGUGCGGCCAUCACCAAAGGGGAUGGCGGUAGUUCUUCAGUCACAAAACCACGGCAGGUCGACCUGAACACAUCUUCCAAUCACCUCACACGGGCAUUAGAACUUUCACAAAGUAGCAACUCUCAGACCUCGAGUGUUCAUCCCUCUCCCCAACCAGGUCCCUCCAGCCCACCACUCGAUCAGACUUCGAGCUAUUCUCAGUCUCAGUUUCCGAGUGGACUUCCUCAACACUUGCCUGGAGUGUAUCCCUCCUCUGAUGCAAACUCUGCUUUCCCUUACGUACAUGGAGCAGCCGAGACACCUUCCCUUUUGUACCAAACGUACUCACACUCUCAGAACCCAAAUGCAGAAGUCAAUGCAGUAUCUACUUACCAAGGAUUCCCAUCAAACUCCUUCAGUGCUCAUGCUACCACACAAGACUCCAGCUCUGGACAUGCCCCUCUUUAUCCAAACCAAGCGGCUUAUCCGACAUAUGCAUAUCCAGACAUCACAUCUGCCUCUGCAAGUAAUGUUACUGGUAUUUCACAACAAACAGCUGGCGGUGGGUAUGCCCCUCAAUACCCAAGUCAGACUCCACACUUUUCAAAUUAUCCUUCAUACCCUUGUAAUGCUCCUAUUGCAUCACAGCAACACACUGCAUCUACAGAAGAGACAGUUCCACAGAACUCUGAUCCUUCAAGCUACUUUGCUGAAUCACUAAAAAGACCCCAUGCGCAAGAGCAACCUCCGACAACUUCAGAAGUGAAGAAAUCUAAAGUACCGAAAUCAUUCUUUGUCGACACAAGAUUUGUCCAGAAUGAGAAUGAGUCUAAUGAUGAAAUGACCGCAACUGACCAGUCGGUGUCUGCUGUCCCGUAUACUUUUGGAAGUUUCACAGCUGCACGACAAGCUGUUUCUGAUCAGUACGAAGACACUGUUGCUCUCAGCAGGGACAAGAAUCAGAUAAGUGGAGGUCCAAUGCUGUAUACAGAGGAACAACAGCAACAGCAGCUGAAACAGCAGGAGGAAGAGGAAGCUGCGCUGAAAGUGACUGAGUUUUUGGACAGUUUUAAGUAGAGGCAGUAGGAGGAGUGUGUUUUUAAUCAUUGCUUCUCUUAAAUUACCUGUUGAUUGACGCACUAAUACUAAGCUCUUAAAAGCUUGGGUAGUGCAUUAUAACAUGUCCAUCAGUUUUGGUCCCUACUGGAUCUACCAUUUGACCAGUCCCUUUGAUUCAGAGUUUUUUGUGGGUUUUUUUGGUAAGUGUUGUUUUAAGAAAAAAAAA